UCGAGCAAACGUUACACUUCCUACUUCAUGCACGAUGUCGCUGAACACACGGAUGAGGAUCGGCAUUGUUGCUGUAUAGCUUUUUGUUGUUUUGUCGAAACAUCCUUUCAAAGCUGAUAAACCCUUUCUGUCAAGUUUCAAGAUGGACAAUCGACUGUUAGCUGCAGAGCUAAUGUAACGGACGUAGCGGAACGUUUAACGCCGGCUACAUCCCGUGUUCGCUGGGUUAGUUCACGUCAUCGACCUGUGGACAAACUAACGCGCGCACGGACAGACAACAUGGCAGACUCCUCGCCGCUGUCAGGGGUGAAUGUUGUUCUGGUUAUGGCCUAUGGAAGCUUGGUGUUCGUGCUGCUGUUCAUCUUCGUCAAGAGGCAAAUCAUGCGCUUCGCAAUGAGGUCCCGCCGAGGACCCCAUGCACCCAUCGGCCACAACGCACCGAAGGGUUUGAGGGAGGAGAUUGACUCCUCACUGUCCAAGGUCCACGAGAUCCGCUUCGAACCUCGUCUCCUAUCGGAGGAAGACGACAGGCUGAAGCAAGAAUCACAAAUCAGUUGCUACAACUACCUGUACAGAAUGAAAGCUCUGGAUGCCAUCCGGGACUCGGGAAUCCCUCUGCAGGAGAUAAGCCGAUGUCCCAGUGCGUUUACUGGACGCAACUUCAGGAACUGGCUGCUGGAGUUGCGCAACUCCCACUCUCUGAUCAAGAGCAGCCGCAGCCCGCUCAUCGACCGCUUACUCGAGGGCUACGACAGCGCUCGCCAUGGGACUGGGGUGUUUGGGGAAACAGAGUUUCUUGAAUACCAGCAAGCUCUCGACGAACUGGCUGAUGUGGUGAAAGCCUAUUCCAGCACCACCAGUCUGGACCAGCACCACCAGUCCGCAGCAAAGGACCUGACGGGCUCCCCUGUGCGGAGCACUCCCUCCACCAUCCAGGUCACCUACCUGCCCUCCACUAGCCAGCGCAGCAAGAGGCCCAAACACUUUCUGGAGCUCAAAAGUUUCAAAGACAAAUACAACACCUUGGAGAGCACCCUGUGAGGCGCCGCCGCUACGGGACGACUGUUGCAACAUGUUUGCCGGAACAAACGAGAAAACCCAAAGUUGUGACAUACCGUAACUUUGUUUUCAAGUUGAGCUUUAACUUUCGCCCACUAAUGAGUUGGGAAAUCAUUUUAUAACAAGUUAGAAUAAGUUUGAAUAUGGCCGCCACAAGAUUUUUUCCCCCUUCUCAUUCCAGCCGAGGCCUCCGUUCGUAUUUUGGAUGUAAUGCACAUGUUCAGAGGACAAAUAUGAUUGUAGCUGACGUGGCAAAGUUCGCAUUGUCAUUUUUGUAAAAACGGCAAAGUUAAUGGCAAGUCACCUGGAUUUGUUUUUCCAAGUCCAAAUGUAAAUAUGAUUUAAUUUAACGUGUUUGUACAGAUGUAAGAUAUUUCUACGGACCUUCAAACCUUAUUUAAUUGAAAUUGUGUGAUUUGUAUUUAUGCGAGGUUGAACUCUUGUGUUGUUCGAGAUAAAAGCGUUGCAACCCACUU